GGGCCCGGCGGCCGGCAGCAUGAGCGGCGGCGGCGACGUGGUGUGCACCGGCUGGCUGAGGAAAUCGCCCCCCGAGAAGAAGUUGAGGCGCUAUGCUUGGAAGAAACGCUGGUUUAUCCUGCGGAGCGGCAGGAUGAGUGGCGACCCAGAUGUUCUGGAGUACUACAAGAAUGAUCACUCCAAGAAGCCCCUGCGGAUCAUCAACCUGAACUUCUGUGAGCAGGUGGAUGCAGGCCUGACUUUCAACAAGAAGGAGCUGCAGGACAGCUUCGUGUUUGACAUCAAGACCAGCGAGCGCACCUUUUACCUGGUGGCCGAGACAGAGGAGGACAUGAAUAAGUGGGUCCAGAGCAUCUGCCAGAUCUGUGGCUUCAAUCAGGCUGAGGAGAGUACAGAUUCCCUGAGAAACCUCUCAGCCAGCCAUGGCCCCCGCUCCUCUCCCGCCGAGCUCAGCAGCUCCAAUCAGCACCUUCUCCGAGAACGAAAAUCGUCUGCCCCCUCGCACUCCAGUCAGCCAACGUUGUUCACAUUUGAUCCCCCUGUGUCCAACCAUGUGCAGCCCACCUUGUCCACCAGCGCGCCUCAGGAGUAUCUCUACCUGCACCAGUGCAUAAGCCGGAGAGCAGAAAAUACAAGGAGUGCCAGCUUCUCUCAGGGCACCAGGGCCUCAUUUCUGAUGAGGAGCGACACCGCCGUGCAGAAGCUCGCCCAAGGCAACGGACACUGUGUCAACGGAGUCAGUGGGCAGGUCCACGGCUUCUACAGCCUUCCCAAGCCGAGCCGGCACAAUGCAGAAUUCAGAGACAGUACCUACGACCUCCCCCGGAGCCUGGCCGCCCACGGCCACACCAAGGGCAGCCUCACAGGCUCCGAGACGGAUAACGAGGACGUGUACACCUUCAAGACGCCCAGCAACACCCUGUGCAGAGAGUUCGGAGACCUCCUGGUCGACAAUCUGGAUGUCCCAGGCACCCCCCUCUCAGCCUACCAGUUCCCCAGGACAGUGACGCUGGACAAGAACCACAACGCCAUGGCAGUGGCCACUCCUGGGGACUCCGCCAUGGCACCUCCACCACGACCCCCCAAGCCCAGCCAGGUAGAGACGCCUCGAUGGGGCAGCCCUCAGCAGAGACCUCCAAUCAGUGAAAGCAGCAGAUCCGUCUCUGCUGCUGCCACCAUCCCCAGGCGCAAUACCCUCCCUGCGAUGGACAACAGCCGGCUUCACCGAGCUUCUUCCUGUGAGACCUACGAGUACCCCCAGCGUAGUGGAGAGAGCGCAGGCCGGUCUGCCGAGUCCAUGAGUGACGGAAUCAGCUCUUUCCUGCCAGGGAAAGCAGCUGUGGGCCGAUCAGACAGCACCAACUCUGAAGACAACUACGUGCCCAUGAACCCAGGUUCCUCCACGCUGCUGGCUAUGGAGCGGGCAGCUGAUCCUUCCCAGAGUGUCUACAUCCCCAUGAGCCCCGGGCCCCACCACUUCGACCCACUUGGCUACCCCUCUAUGGCCCUUCCUUUGCACCGAGGCCCCAGUCGAGCAAGUGAGAUCCAGCCACCCCCUGUCAACCGCAACCUCAAACCCGACCGGAAAGCAAAGCCGACACCACUCGACCUGAGAAACAACACCGUCAUUGAUGAGCUCCCCUUCAAGUCACCUGUCACUAAGUCCUGGUCAAGGGCCAUCCACAGCUUCAACUCCAGCUCCUCCUCCCAGUACUGCCGCCCCAUCUCCACCCAGAGCAUCACCAGCACGGACUCGGGAGACAGCGAGGAGAAUUACGUCCCUAUGCAAAACCCAGUGUCUGCAUCUCCCAUCCCCAGUGGCACGAACAGCCCAGCCCCGAAGAAGAGCACUGGCAACGUGGAUUAUCUGGCCUUGGACUUCCAGCCGAGUUCCCCCAGCCCCCACCGCAAGCCAUCCACGUCAUCCGUCACUUCCGACGAGAAGGUAGACUACGUUCAAGUGGACAAGGAGAAGACCCAGGCCCUGCAGAACACCAUGCAGGAGUGGACAGAUGUGCGACAGUCCUCGGAGCCUUCCAAGGGCGCCAAGCUGUGACUCGGGGGCUUGCCGCGCCUGGAGAGGGGCCAGGAGGCAGUGUUUCUGGAGCUGCCUCCACCCCAAACCCCUCUCUCGUCCCCAUCACCUCCUCCAGCCUCCUCCUCUCUACUUUGCCACUCUGGCCUUCAAAGCACUUGACAUCAGGGACCCUGAACCCUUCCCCUGGGAGGUAAGGGCCUGAUUGAGGCACUUCCUCUCCCCACUCGACCCACCUUUGGUUUUAUUAGUCAUGGCUAAGCCUUGACCCACCUUAGUUAGAGCUAUUGCCAAAAAACAUCCUUCAGCCUCUUCCUGCCCUUUAGACCUGAAUCUCUACCAGAUGUUUGGAGGGAGGCGGUGGGGCUCUGAGCCAGAUUCCAACCUCACAUUCGGUCACAGCCCUCAGCCUCCUUCCCUUCAGCGACUGGGCUACCUCUCCUCCAGCCAAGUCAUCUUGCUGACCCAGGGCGCCAAGGACCAGCAGACCAAAGUAGACGUGAACUUCUUCAUCCCUAUCUGUCUUGGCAAGGAAGGGGCAAGGCUGCCAGAAGAUAAAAGGUUAGAGGUGGUCUUGAGGGUAAAUGGCAGUAGAUCCCCAGAGGCAGACAGCAGUUGUACCUGCAGUGACCCCCUGCUCUCAGCCCAAGCAGCAGGCAGGGCAGCUGUUGUGUGGGGGAGGUAGAAGGCUGCGGACAAAAGGGGAAACUGAGGCUGGGCAACCAAGAAUAAGGAGCAGGGCUUGGCGCCCAGGAGAUGGGGGUGGGCUAUAGGCCCACUCUGUACCAGGAUGGAAUGUGCUCCUCUUCCAAGUCCCCACCCACUGAGAGCACCUGGCUGGAGGCUUGGGCCGUGCUGGGCACGGCAGCCUGCCACACGUGUGUGUGUGUGUGUGUGUGUGUGUGUGUGUGUGUGUGUGUGUGUAAGCACAGGGAGGGAGGCUGGUGGAGGUGUGGGAAGCAGUGCAGGGUGAGAAAUGGAGUUGGGUGCAGGGAGCACAGAGGUGAUACAGGGACUGAGGGGCAGCCCUGGUACAGGAACAAGCUGGGCAGAGGCACAGGACACUACAGGAGGGAUUGUGCAGCACGUGAGUUUCUGCAGGCUGGGUGGUGCGAGACACUGAUGCAGGGAGGGGAGAUAGGUCCAGAGGACCUGAUGGGGUCCCCAGGCAGUGCCAAGUGCAGGUGGAACAGAAAGUGAAGGAGUAUUAGGUUACGUCAGGAGGGUGGCGUGAUGAGGGCAGCUCCCAGGACAGAUGGACACUGGGUGAAGCAAGCAGUACAAGGAGGAGGACACGUGGGGAAUGGCCGGCUGCUUAUGCCAGGGCCCUGGACAGGUGCGAGUGUGGCCUGGUGCUGGGCCUUCUGUUGCUCCCCCACAUUCCAGGUGCCACAGUGGACUUAAAUCUGUCUACAGGGAGGCCAGACCCCUCCUCCCAUAGCUUGAAAGGCUAUUAGAUGAGCACCCAGAGGCAGGAGAUGGGGCAUCAAUUUAUACCACAACUUGAUGCCCUGCCUAGGGGAUCUGAAUCUUCUAUGCUGAAAGUUUCUUGACCAAAUUCAAGGAUUUCAAAGGCAACUGGGCUGACCUGGUGUCUCAUCCUACCCGGGGGUGAACGGACCUUCCUCCUCCACAAAACAGCCUCUACCAUGUUUAUGGGAAUGGCUGUUGCGUACCUUGCAGCUCCCGUGAGCACGUGCACACGCAGCCGGACCAUUCUCGGGGACGUCCCAUCUGGGAGGACCUCCUUUCUCAAUAAUUGCCCUUCUCCUAGUAUUAGUUUCCAGCCCCCACCAACUAAUGGCCACUGUAGCUGGGCUCUGGGCUAGGCACUACAGACACUGGAAUGAAUCAGACUUUGUCCCUGUACUUGAGGUCACAGUCAGUGAGAAGACGAAGACAAAACAUUGGUGAUGGACAGCAGAGUAGAGAGGGGUGAAGAUCAGUGACAGUUUCUAGGAAAAGGCCCUGAGACAGGCCUUGGAGUGGAGGAAGGAGGCGUGACUUGGAAAGACUUGUGUUUUGAGAAUAACUAAUCUUAGAGAGGAUGGGUCCGGCCACUUGGAAGCUAUGGCGCCAUGCACCUGUCUCCACGGGUGUAAGGACGGUGGUAGGUGCUGGGCAAGGCUUGCUGGUUCAUUCUGCCCAGCCCUGUGUCCCAUAUGGCAGGGCCACAUAUGGCAGAGCUUUUAAUGGGGUGUCAUACCUGUACCCCCGGCAGCCUACAGGAGGGCCAGGUGUCCAUACCCUCAGUUCCCAGCCCCAGUGGCCUCCCUGUGUGCCUGUGUUUCCUGAGUGUGCCGUGAUGGAGCUCCUGAGAUAGACAAGCAAAAGGAAGCAUCGGAGAGGAGGAACUUGGCCUGUCAAAAGCAGAGGUGCUCACAAGCCCCAAUCACCAGAGAGCCGGUACACACCUGCUGGACCAGUGUAAAAACCUUUGGUCUAUCCGCGGGUCAGAGUCCACCACGCCUGUCGCCCUGGCAAGGACUGACACAUCAGAACGGAGAUCAUUCUCAGCCAGCAUAACUCAAACAAGGCCUCAUCCUAUCUGGGGACGCGCCAGAGCAGCAGCUGUCCUUAUCCACUGGCGGCGCUAGAGUUCAACUAGAACAGGAACAGUGGGAGAAGAGGGCGGCCUCCGAGAUGGGUGGUUAGCGGGGCUCUGGGGGAACGCCCUCUGCUCUGACUUUUCUCUCAAAGGUCUGGACCGCCAGGGACCAGAGCCUUAGCCCAUUAACCCAGUCCCCUCCCUAGGCUGAUUUCGGUAACUUCUACAUUUGAAACCUCUCAGCUGUGCCCCCACUCCCAGCACCGAAGCACAACCAUUCUGAAGUGACUGGAGCAUGAGCUCAACUCCAGUCUGCCCUUUACCCUGAGGCUGAGGCCUCAGCCCAAGCCAUGGCCAGCUAGCACCCCCCCACACCCCCCAGGGGUCUGGAAAAGGAAUUCAGGGCAGGAGGGAGACGCUCACACCCUUCCCGCUCUGGGCCUUCAUCCGCAAAGUGGGGGCGCAAGGCCGGCCACCUGAGCUCUAGAGCCCCUCCUAAGGGGCUGCUGUGCUGGGAUUCUCGAGUUCUUUGGGGCCUGGGGCCAUAGCGGGCUGCCUCUAGGGGCCCGCUGGAGCUUGAGGCUGUCACGCGGUAUUCGGUGGUGUAUGUGUUCUUGUGUGUUGGCUAAAUGCGUCUUGAAACUUUAGAAUCAUUUCAUACGGAGCUGUCACUGUCACUAUUUGUUGGGACGAGAAAAUGGGCUAGGAGAAGCCCAGCCUUGGGCUCUUUCCCUGUUGCCAUUUAAAAUUGACAUUUAAUUUUUUCAAAUCACUGUUGGUGCCUAAUCACUUAAGUUAUUAAUUUAUUCUGUUUUCUGUUUUCUUUAAAACAAGAUUUGUAACACCUAUUUAUCCUGUGCGUAGGUCUGGGGCGGGGUGGGGGCGUGUUUAGGUGGGUCCUGUUUUCUGCUGUGGUGACACACGGCGCAGGCCUGGCGCUCGCGGGGCCCUGUUUACUGUGGUGUUGGAGCAGGACAACAAUAAAGUCCAUUAGAAGCAACCAGCGAGGGCUGCUGAGUCUGCCUUGUCUGCGGAAGACGGACACGCCCACUCGCGCCAGCACGGGGGUGCCCUUGUGCAGGCUUCCACUUCUAAAGAAAUCUGCUCACACUAGUUUCUCUCACAAGCCCAGGAAGGUUGGGCUGCCAGCCUGUUCCACCUUCAUUGUAACAGAAAAGAAUCAGGUAAUUUUCUUGGCCGGGAACAAGAAUGAAUCCUCCUUACCUCAGAGUCUGUAUUUCUGAUGUAUAAAAUGGAAACUGCAGCAACAUCUGCCAAUUCAUCUUUCUUAGCAGGCGCUGGACUGGAAGUACAGAGGUGGGUUUGGAUUAGGCCGCUACCAGCCUGCCCUCAGGGGAGGCUGUCAGCUCCUUCACCUACAGGCGGGGCUCUGCCUUCCCACCACCUCUGUUCCCCAAUGGGGAUUGGCCCGGUGCGAAGGUUGAUGCUGAACCCAAACACGGGGCACCACCUAGGCCUAGCCCCAGAGAGGCCACAGCCCCCAGGUUCUUGGAGGGAAAGCAGAAGGAAUAUGGUACCGGCUAUAGCCAUUUCUGGGAAACCCAGGGCUUUAGGAGGUCUGAACAGUCUCCAGAUAUUGGGGUUCCAACCCCUCCUGAUGGACUGGGCCUGCCCAAUGGGAUGCUGUACAGGGGACUCACCUAGGUGCCUGCCCUUCCAGAGAGGGAUGGUUCCCUUGCUUCUCAGGAAUGCUCUGCUUCCUUCUGCCAGCACCUGCAGCUGCUUCUGUCCCAGCACUAGUCAGGCCCCCACCUUAUUCACAGGGCACCUGAAUGCAAGGUGCUGUCACCUCCCAGGGUAUAGCGCACAAGUCAGUGGGGCCAGGGGACCUCGCCUCAUUCCCCAAACACAGUAAGAAAGCAAGGGUGACCCGGACAUCACAGCCCCUGAGGCGGGGAAGAAAGACGUCUUUAAAGGCUUCCGAGAACUAUAUUUAUUCCUGUGAGGCCCUGGCACGCUCCAUUUAGACGGGGCUACAGCAGUGUCAGGGCACGACGAGGUCAGUAUCUGCUCCCCCCAGGCCGCUGCUCUAAAGACCCACCGCUGAGGAGCUGAGCCAGCAGCUUCCCUCAGAAUGGACAAUGGCUUCAUGAGAAACAUCUGCAGAAAAAUAAGGCCCCUCUAUCUUAACCAGAAAGGGGUACAAAUGGUGGCAUCUCAGGCACUGAGGCAGGCUGGGGGAGAGGGGCCGGGGUUGAGGGUCUCCCACUGUUGCUUGGUGUGGGGGAAACAGACCAGACGAGAUUGUCUGAGUCUCUGCCCUGUGCCCUGCUGCUUCCCACCUACAUUCAUGUCAACAGGCCAAAUGCUGCAGUACCCACAAAAGGCACCACGCACAUUGCCCCUGCAGCCCUUCAGAGAAACAAGGAAGCCAGAGGUGAAACACAGCACCCCCUUCUUUGUGCAAGGACUAGGGUCCUGCUCUGCCGUUUAUGCUAUAGAGCAGUAGGAUUGUCAAAGGAGCUGGAAGGAAAUGCUACUUGAUGGCAAAACACUAGAGCGGUGCACGUGAGCCCUCCUGGGUCCUAAGCAGAUCAACACUCCAGUGCGGGCAACCUGCUGGGGGCGGGGGGCAGGGCCCAGCGCGUGUCCACCUCAGCUGCUUCAAGUUGACCAGGACACUUGGGUGUAAAAUCUUAAUGGGGCCAAUCCCAGAGCCAGGCCCAAGGCCAGUGCAAAGAGCUUAGGUCUCACCUCUAUAGCUGAGCCUCCGCGCACCCGUCAGGUUGAGGACUGCUGUCCCAGCAGCUCCCUCUCCACCUUUCUUGCCUUUGGAAGGGCCUGCCUUCAGGACUGGGCUGCCAUCACAGCCCAGACCCACAGACCCCUGCCAGCAGAGCACCUCUCCUCGGGGCCUGGCCCCCACCCAGCUCCCAGAAGGAAGGGGUCAAGGCCUCCCCACAGAUGGGAGCAGGUUGGGGAGGGCUCCCAUCAGAAGACCAGUCUGUGGAAGUCGUCACCAUUACCACCUGCAGGGUUGCAGCCCCCGGGAGAGCCUUCAUCCUCAUCCUUGUCUUCAUCAAAGCCCCUGCCCCAGUGUGGAGAUGGGAGUGCAGAGAUGUAGGCCGCCCUGCUUCGAGCCUCCUUCUCCUGCUCCUGGAAGAUGGGUGGGGGGUGGGGAGGAAACUUAAAAUGCAAGCAAUGAAAUGGGAGUCCCCCUGCCUCCCCACGGCACCGCACUUCAGUUUCUCCUCAGUCCAGGCACAGAGAAGCCACAGCUCCUGCCCCAGCAAAGGGCAUCCCAGCUCAGAAGGAGGGUGAGUGUAGAUCUAGGGUCCAAAGAGGUCCUUCUCCUCCCAAUAAAAACUCCCAGCCCUUUGGAGACGUGAACUUACUCGUACUAGAUUGGGACCGACCAACAAGGCUAGUCCUGGCACGAGGAAGGAGGAGGUCCAUGGACUUUGAGGGUCCCACCACGCUACACAGAGACCUUUUCCACGGCCUGUGGAUGCUGCCCAGCUCACUGCUCUCAGGACGCUGGGCUCAGUCCCUGCCUGCCAGAAAGCUGUUCCUGCUGAGCUGAAACUGGCCUCACACCCCUCUCCGCUGGCCCCGCCUGCACCUGCACAGCCUGAGGGAGCACCCUGCACUGUUACUACUGCAGUCACCCCGUGUCUGUCCGGGCCACUGACGCACUCCCGCGAAAAGCAGCGGAGGAAUGGCUGCGCAGGAAGACCCAGGGACGCCAGCAGCCGCUAUCUAAGUCAGUGGUGGUGCGGGGUGCCCCCGCCCAGGUCAAAGGUCCCCCCGGGGCUGCUCACCUGCAGGUAAAGGAUGUUGUCCUUGGAGAUGGCUUCCAUCAGGUCUUUGUGGAGGGUGGGCUCUGCCCGGACUCUGGGAGAGCCUGGCUCGGCCCCCUCGGCCCCCUCCUUGGGCCGCUGCCUGUAGAAGAGCACGUAGGCCGUGUCCUUGGGGAAGAAGGAGGUGACGUUGCUGACAGACUCGAAGGAGGAGAAGGACACGCGGG